CUUAUAUUUCUGAUCAGAAUAUACCAAAUGAAACACAUGUGGGAGGACAAGAUUUAUCUCCUGUAUGGAAAUAUUUUCAGCAUCAAAAAACUAAAUCAAAUGGAUAUUAUUCAGCAAAGUAUAAUUAUUGCUCAACUAAAUGGUCAAGAAGUGAACCAGUAAAGCUCGAAGCUUAUCUUGCGCUUGAGUGCUCUUAUGUUAAAGAGCAUAUUCAGCAAUUUUAUAUACUUUAUGUAGCCUAUUAUGAUAACUUGAAAGAGCAAUCUGAACAUUCAAAAUGA